AUGCAAAAGAACAAUGUGUCGCGGUCACUAGGUUUGUUCUCGCCAAGAGUGUACGAUAACAGACCAUCAACAGAAAGAAUGAAAUCCGAAAUAAACUAUAUUAUAAUAUAUUGCAUCAUCUUUUUAUAUGCAUAAGUAGGAAAAAUAUGAAAACUAUAAUCACAAUAAUUUGUUUUAAACAAAGUUUGUUUUAAAUGUCAGAUAUUUUUGGAACACAGGUAUUUAACGACCAAUUGGCGAGGCAUAAAAUGUAAUUAUGAAUUUGUAGAACAGUAUAUUUCUGCUGUAUAAUUUUAACCUCGCGUUGAGCCGUCGAACUCAGUUAGUACAUUAAAAUGUAGUCCAACAAUGGCAAAAAAUAAACAGUACUGUACAGAAUGUAACAUGUAAUUCAAUUUAUUCACACAUUUCUGGACACAUAACAAUUCUUGUGAUUUAUUGUUUGGGUUUUUCAACAUACAUCUGCACGUAAAGUGCUUGGAACCGUUUACAACGGAUACUUUGUGCAAUAUCAACUAAAAACUAGAUUCCCAGCGUUUUUAGGCAUGUUCCAUAAGAGUGAUUAAUGAAACCCCCAUAUACUUUAAUUUCUUUUCAAGAACUUCGCGAUGACUCGAAGAGCUAUUUUAUCGAGUUUUUGAGUUGUGUAAAAUCUGUCUGAUCGUUAAUUUGUCCAAUUUAUGCCCGAAUGUAUUUUGCCAGCAAAAAUCGAUAUUGUUCAAACAAUAAGAAAAAAACAGGUCGCAAAGGCAUAUAAAAAUCAAGGGGUAAAAGCUCUGACAAGCCUUAGAUUUGCGAUGACUUCGGCUUACGUGACUGCGGUUCUGCUCGCUAUCUGUCUGCAGUGUGGUACAUGGCGUUAUAUAUAUUCAAAUAUAAACUCUUAAACAUUGUUGUUCAUGUUUAAUUUUGUUGCGUAGAAUAUAACACGUACUAGCUUAUUGCUUAAAAUCUCAUUGAUAGUGCAUAAUUGCUUUUACCGUUUAUACCGAUCUAACCCAUAUGAUUGCAGCCAAUUUUUAUGGAUACAUUAUUUUUUAAAAAAAUGUAGUUGAACAUUUGGUUUUUCUAUUUUAUGCCUCAAAGGUGUUGCUAAUAUAAGCGAAAGUAUGUUUCUGUUUUGAGAUGCCUGCCUUUUAUAUGCUUUAAUAAAAAAUAUAGGACCCAAACGAUAUUGACAUGCAUGAAAAUUAUGUCGCCUAUUAUUAUGCAGCCGACUGAACAUUUCAUGGUCCUAAGCUAUUUUAAAUAAGACACUUUGAGAACAAAAAAGUAUUCUGAAGAGGACGUAAUUUAUAAGCAAAAUCCCUUGGAAUAAUGCGAUGUGAUAAUUACUGUGACGGUCAAUUUUACGUAACCUUUUAAAAUUAAAAACAAAUUUUAGAAUUUCGGUCAACAUUUCACAAGAUGACAUAUUCAUUGUAUCUGAUGCCAACUAUCACGAUUAUGUACAGAAGAGGGAAAAGCAAGACGUUUGAAUGAAAUAAGCUUGCAAACUUACGGAAUGCCUUAAAUUUAUAAGUUACGGGUCUUAAGAUAAACAGUAAGAUCUGCAAGUUAACAUCCGUCCGCUUAACAAAACAGGUAACAGUAUCCAGUAAAACGCCGUCUGUCUCCCAAGGGGCUACACGAUUUUCUUCGAAGCCGCAGCAGUUGCAAAAGGUAAAAUGUAUAUCGGCCAGCGAAGUCCAGGCGACUUAUCAAAAAUUAAAUAUGUAUUAACUUUUCAGUCUGCGAACACCUGACAUUUCCGCUGCUAUUUGUCGAACCAGGUAUUAUUUUUCAAAGUUAGUUUUUUAGGCAGCCACUAUUCGGAUUUCAAAAUCAGAUGGCCUUAGUCGGCAUACAUAUUGUAGAUCUUACUAACAAAAGGUGGUAUGGUUUUUUGCUCAAGUGUGCGCUGCACGCAUUUUCUCCAAUAAAGAAGAUAAAUGCUCGUAUGACUCAGUGUUCCGUUACUGUCUAGGGUUGCACAUGAUUUAGCACACAUUUCGAAUUUCCAGUAGAUGCAGUGGGAACGUCCAUUAAAACCCCACCUAAAGAAAAGUGCUUUGAACGAUACGGACUUUCGUGUCAGUGCAACUGUUCGUGGUCAGUGUGCGGCUCUACGGAUGUUUCGUACGCAGACUGCUUUUUGUUUAUGUCAUUUUGGUCUUCCUGUCAACAUUGUGUGCAAACUUGUUUAUUUUCAAAAUAUUAUUCACAAAGCCUCAUAAAAGUCAUUAUUUUAUAUGCUCAGCAAAGACACAAAUACGUUUUUGUUCAUUAAUAAUUUACUAUUUGCUGCGGGAUCACUCAGCUUAAAUACGCUUUUAGACGUUGCGUCGUAACUCACGGCAAGGACGUUUUAAAUCGGCUUCGUAAGAAUUUUCUUGUUUUUUCUCGCUUAUAGGCAGCUCGUUCUCUUAAAUAUACCGGAUGCUCUUAGAAAGGUUUGAUGUGCAUUACUUUCAUUUCAGUCGUCCAAUUGCUUAAAAUGGUAACUUAUGAUGUAUAUAAUUUCAAGCCCGUCAAUAUGCACACGAAAUAAUUCGUCAUGUCGCCACAUCGAACUCAUGAAUAUUAAUGAAUAUGCGCUUUCUCACAUGCCUCCUUAAACCGUGAAAUAUAGAUGGCGUUUUAAGUUGUAAACUUACACCAGAAGUGUCGGCAUUGUAGACGGUUGCAAAAUCAUUAUCGAAGAACACUGAAAAAAACAAAUAUGAAUUAAAUAUAUCGAGAAAAAAUCGUUUCGGAUAGUUGAACAACGUUUUCUGGCAUGCUUUACAUAUUCAUUAUUUAAAUAUUUACGUUUUUUCAGGUAGUAUUUCGACUUUCACUUUUUCCACACAGAAGUUUCCCAACGGCCCAACAGAAUCAGUUUAUGCAAGGAGCGUUAUUGGGGGUGCCGGGCAUUUUUCAAUAAGAACGAUGAAUAUCCAUCAUACCGUCAGUGUGUAAAGGACUUUGGAUUCCAAUCCGGUGAGCGUACAUUGCGAAACACGUCUAAAGUGAAAUGCUUUAGUGUUUUAGUUCAGCUUUUCUGUGUUAUAGCGGAGAAGGCAAAGCCGAUAGAAGCAUACGAGUGCACGGAUUGGAAGCAUGAUUGCAAUCCAGUGACAUAUUACGACUCGACUGCGGGAGGGGAUGAUUUCUUUGAAUUUAUACAAUGCAUUCAAAUGUGUCAGGAGCUGUCGGAUGGUAAGUGGCAAGUGUUUCAGUCUAUCUUUGGAGGGCAGUUCGUAAACGUUGUGUACCAUUGCGUAUUUGCAUACCGAGCAUACAACUAUCUCAUUGCAUGCGCCGGCUUGCAGAUCGAGGUAUUUCUAAAUCAGCCAACCAAAAAUAACAGUGCAUCAUUAUUAGUAUGACUAUUAAAAUUUUAUGUUAUCCGUUCAUAUGGAACUUAAAAAACGCAACUGCAUGCGUUCCUGCGAUGACCACUCAUUAAAUUGUGCUUAUCCAAAAUUUUUUUUGUAAUUUCUAGUCUUGACAACAUUUAAAACUUCCGUUCUUAGAUAAAGGACAAGCACCAGAGAAAAAUAGGCUCUGCGACUACGACAUGUCUACAUGCUUUGAAGUUGCAAACCGGAACAACUCUCUCAGUUUUUUCACGAAAUGCUACGCUCACUGUCAAGUGUACCAAGAAGGCAAGCAUUGCUUUCUAUAGUUUCUCUUGCUGAAAACCCUGCCUGCAAUUUACAGUUUCAUUUUUAUUUCAUUUAGAAGGCCACACGCUACAGUAUCCGAUGUAUAUGUGCAAUGCCCUAAACGGUAGAUGCAUCAGUGUCGAAUACUUCAGCUUACCAGAUGAUCCGCAGCCAUUUAAAACAUUGGAGAAAUGCUAUGACGACUGCAAGUCUACGGAAGGUACGUAGUUAACUAAAUCAGUUCACAUUUUAGCUUUCGCAAAAAAGGUGUCAUGCACGGUUCAUAAACUAAAAAAACACCAUAUAAAUCGCAUAAACGAAAGCUGCUGACUUAGUCUAAAUCCUGAUAAAGUAUAGGUGUUGUGAUGGCCCCCGUAUGGAAAUAUGAACCAGUCCGACUUUUCAUCGAAGGUAGCUACAUGAAUUAUCCAUUAGUAAAAAAUGAACAGUGACUUAAGUAUUUCCCUUAUGGCUAUUUUUAUCAGUUUUGCAGUAUGACAGACUUCAUAUGGUCGAAGUAAAUCACAUGCUGUCAUUGAUGUCUCAAAGAAUAUGCGCUAAAAUGUGGUGCUAAACCCCGAAACCCUUACUUUGUUACACAACGGCGGUAAUUUGUCCAACGUAAUGCAAGUAUUAGAAGAGCAUUUGACUUGGUUUGGCAGUUAAAUAAUGUCGGUCGAUCAUCCGUGAAGAAGUUAAAUAGCAUUAUCACAUGCUAACUAUCAUUGGCACACAAUAACCAAAUUUUCAGAGCAAUUCUCGGCAUAUCAGUGCGACCGCACUGACUGGAUAAAAGUGGGGUUGUGAUUAAUAAAUAUUUAACAUUGAAUAAAAACUAUUAUUAUUUUAAACAGUUUAAUUGUCAUUAACUUCUUCAUGAGAUCUCGCAACUGCAAGCGUCAGUUGACAUAUUAGAGUUGCAGUAUAUAGCGUACUAUAUAGCCUGUUUUUGUUCAACAUGAGCACGAUUCUACUGCCGGGCAAUUAUUUCAGAGAUUAUCAGCAAAUAUGGCAAGUAGUAUGAUUUUUGUGCCCCAAUUUCUCAGUCGGGGUGAGAUCUUAAGAUUGUGCUUGUAGUCUGAGACAGUUCAAUGCAAAACGUUUGGAUAUCCGUCGAACUCAAAUAGCCCAUACAGGUUAGCAAGGUGUUCACCCUAGAAACUAACUAUUUUUUUCUUAGAAGUGAAGUGCAUCACAAGGUUGAAAUCGGAAAUACCAAAUGGAUACAGAAAAAUAACUGGAGUUUGAAGAUCAACUUAAGAUUCCGUAUGUGAUUUACACUCACAAAAAUAAGUGCAUUGCGCUGUGGUCAGUCUAUGGAUAAUCAUGGUGAAUUGUGCCUUUUGCGGCUUCCCCACGAAAACCCUAACGAUUAUUUCACUUAGCUUUGUCCGCCUAUGUCUUUAUUCACUUACUCCACCCUUUAAAAGCCCCUUUACCGCCGGUCCCGUAAAACAGUGACUUCGGCCCUGUCUUUACUAUCCCGGGCUACGAAAUGAGAUCCGACCUCUUACCAACAAGAACACAAGCACACACGAAAAGUUAGGUAGAAGAUUUAUAAAUGAUUUAUACAGAACAAGCAAACUGCUGUCUGGUAACUUUUAGCACGUGCAAUGUAUUCGUAGUGUGUCUAAAUUUGAUCAUUGGCAAUACCUGUUACCGAACUACACCAGAAGCCAGAAUUCAUUUUGACUACACGAUGUCAUUCGAUGGGGUAUUUAACCAAACCAUCACAGAAGGGUGGAUAUAUCAUAUCAUAAAAACCCCUUCUCGCAUUAACAUCUGCGCUUUCAGUGCUGCGGCGCGACAAUUCCACUCAUCUGCCGCCGGUUUCCUGCAUUUUGCCUAAAAGUUUGUUUUAUUCUUAUUUAACCGCGAUAUGCGCUCCCUCGGUCAUAUGUGCGUGUGAGCAUAUUUCCUUGCACACACGGUCCUUGUACGUUUUUGCACUUGUUUGCUGUUGAAUUUAAGUUCAUCAUCUCUUAGCCCAGUUUUCGAAGACUCACUCUUGUUUCCGUAUAGACACAAAUCGCAGGAAAAUCAAAACAGUCGGCUCAACGUUGUACUAUUUACGUCCCAUUUGUAUAUUACUUAUUACUGCCUAUUGAUUCUUUAGAAGGCAUUGUUGUUUAAUCUGUAUACACUGAUUGGUUUUCUCAUGAUAACAUACAGUACGUGACCUGCCUCAUGAAAUCUGAAAACGGAGACUGAUGAGAGAAUUUCUGGACGCCUUUAUCGUUAAGGAUUUUGUUCGCUCAUCCACUUCAUUCAAUAAAAUGUUCUUUGUGUGCAGAAAUUGCAUGUACGCAGUUAUAUCAUGUAAAAUGUUGGUAUAUUUUAGCGAAAAUAGAAGUCGGACUAUAUUCGUGCACGGUCCUAUGGUAAUUCAUGUCCCAGACUCCCGUUACGCAUUUGAGCGAUCUUUCAUUGAAAGGAAAGUCAUUUAUGCAGGAGAGUUUUGAUGGAGAGAUUUGACCGCACUUGACAAUUUAGUUUAUGACCGAUGCUAAUCAUGGCAACCAAAGCUUAUUUUAAGAAAAUAAGGGCUUUUAUCAAUUUAUAAAUGCCAGAUUAGCAGUCCUGUGCUAUUUGGUGGCCUAAAGUGCCGUAAUAACGCUGACGGAAAUUCCUUCGUUUAAAUGGGCUGAAAUUGUUUUGCUAUUUGAAAAAGUCUCCCUGAUGUCACCCAAAUGACAACCGCCGAAUGGUCAUUUCCUGUUUUAAUGUUAUGCAACACUAAUUGUCGUGUAGUAUAGCUUCAGAAAUAGAACGUGCGAAACAUUAAUAAUUUCAGCAACAUAUCAGUUUUUAUAUUGGCACUCAAAGCGAGAAAAACCUCAAUGUAUAGAGAAAAUCAUGUUCUUAUGUUUAUAGUAGAAAAAUAUAUUAGUAUUGUUUAGGUACAUGAAAGAAAUGGCCAAAAGUAUCAAAUAUUUGUUUGGCCUCACCAUGCAAAAAUGCAAGGCACACAGAGUUCCGUCAUUGGAGUGAAGCAUUGACGCACUUCUCAAAUAAGUAAAAAGUUUCUUAUUGCUGGAAGGCAUAUUCGUUGCCGACUUUCGCUUCGGACUGACAUUUUUUCGAAAAUGAGGUUUGAUGUUUGAAUGAUUAUUCACAUGUGACCCAAAUGACCAUCUUUGGGAAAAAGAUCGCCCGAACGGCCACUUAUUCGUUAAAUGUCUUCAAAAAAAAUCUUACUUUAAAGAUCUCAACAGACAGGAAAUUAAGAAUCCUUCUUUAUGAAGAUUCGGGUGGAAACACUGAAAAUCAUGAAGUAUUCAGCAACAUUUGGAGGGCGAUUUAAAAGUCAGCAUAAUCCAAAACGAACAAAAAGUGCAAAUUAAUUUAAUGAAAAAGAAGUUCUCACUACAAACACGAAAUUGUUUGUAUAUGAUCACGCCUAUGUAAACAUAUCAGGCAAUGAUCGGCCUGACAUCAUGCCGCCUUAUAAAACACUUUUGUUCCUACGACGUCCUCAUUGUUGACAUCAAGCAAAAUCCAGUUUAUCUUUUUGAACAUCAUCUCGCUUAACUCAAAAGAGUCUAGAAUUUCUGAGAAACUGUUUUGCAAUCUAUACCCAUAAUGUAGGCAGUUGACAAACUGUCAUAUAUAAAAUCACAAUAAUUAGUUAACGAUAUUUAGAUGCAAACUUUACUAUAAUAUUAUUAUUAAACGUUAUUUCAUUUGUGCUUUUAUAUUUACUAUGUUUUUGGUAUAAGAAUACAUUUUAUACAUCUUAAAACGAAGUAUGCUAAAUAACAAACAUUUUUGGCGUUUUCGGGAUAUUGCGCUUUUCUAAAAACGUCACACUGUCUUUAAUAUUUCGUUCAUGCUUUUAAUUCUUUUUGACUCAUACUUACUUAAUAUAGACAUCGGAUUCAUGCAAUGAUGUCGAUAUGCGAAUGAUUCGUAAUCUUUCGUAAAUUUCGACAGCAUUCAUGAGAUAGGUAAUACACUGUCAAUUCCCUGCCGAGUUUCGGAAAUGCACGCAUGUCUUGCGUAGAUUGUCUAUUUAAAUAAAUGCAAAAAACAUUGAAAUUUGAAGACGCAUGUUCCGCGAAAUUAUUUGCAAUGUCAACACAGUUGCUUCCAACUUAAAACGAUUAGCGCAUAAACUAGCGCAGAAGAACACGUAUUAAACCAUUGGCUAGGUCUUUACUUUGCGUUUAACAACUCGUCAAUGUUGAUACGUAGAACAUACUGACUUAUAUUUUCGUCCCUACUUUCAAUGCAGAUUAG